GAAAUCAUGUGUGUCUGAUAAUCUCCUUAAGUACCCCAGGUUCACACUGAUUGAGAACCCUGUGUGCUGAGACUGGGUGAGCACAAAUUUCUGUAGACUGUGGACUUACGCACUCACAAGCUGGAUGUUACUUCCGAAUGACACCCAGUUUCACCCCUCCUCCUUCCUGUUGCUGGGAAUCCCAGGACUAGAAACACAUCACAUCUGGAUCGGCUUUCCCUUUUGUGCUGUGUAUAUGAUUGCACUCAUAGGGAACUUCACUAUUCUACUGGUGAUCAAGACCGAGAGCAGCCUACACCAGCCCAUGUUCUACUUCCUGGUCAUGCUGGCUACCAUUGACUUGGGCCUUUCAACAGCUACCAUCCCUAAGAUGCUUGGGAUUUUCUGGAUCAACCUCAGAGAGAUCAUCUUUGAAGCCUGCCUCACCCAGAUGUUUUUCAUUCACAACUUCACACUUAUGGAGUCAGCAGUACUUGUGGCAAUGGCUUAUGACCGCUAUGUGGCCAUCUGCAACCCGCUCCAAUACAGCACCAUUCUCACCACCAAGGUCAUUUCUGUGAUUAGUCUUGGUGUGCUUGUGAGGGCUUUUAUUUUUGUCAUUCCCUUUAUAUUUCUCAUUUUGAGGUUGCCCUUCUGUGGAAAUCAUAUCAUUCCCCACACCUAUUGUGAGCACAUGGGUCUUGCUCGUCUGUCUUGUGCCAGCAUCAAAAUCAAUAUUAUUUAUGGUUUAUGUGCCAUUUGUAAUCUAGUGUUUGACAUCACAGCCAUUUCCCUUUCUUAUGUGCAGAUACUUCAUGCUGUUUUCCGUCUUCCUUCCCGUGAAGCCCGACUCAAGUCCCUCAGCACAUGUGGUUCACACGUGUGUGUAAUCCUUGCCUUCUAUACCCCAGCCCUCUUUUCCUUUAUGACUCAUCGCUUUGGCCAAAAUGUUCCCCACUAUAUCCAUAUACUCCUAGCCAAUCUCUAUGUUGUGGUGCCACCAAUGCUCAAUCCUGUUAUAUAUGGAAUCAGAACCAAACAGAUCUAUAAAUGUGUAAAGAAAAUAUUAUUGCCGGAACAAGGAAUGGAAAAGGAAUAGCAACUAAUACAGCUAAUUUCUGUAUUUUUAGUAGAGAUGGGUUUUUACCAUGCUGGCCAGGUUGGUCUUGAAUUUCUGACCUCAGGUGAUCUGCCACCUCAGUCUCCCAAAGUUCUGGGAUUAUAGGCAUAAGCCACCAUGGCUGGCCAAGAAUAUUAAAUUUAAUUAGAUGUUGUAUCUGUACCUAUGGGGAUGAUCUUAUGGUAUCACUCUUUACUUUGUUAAUGUACUGUAAUACUUUAUUAUUUUUAUAUGUUAUAUCAAAUUUGAGUUACUGGAAUAAAUCCCAUUUAAUCAUGUCUUUUGUAAAUAUGUUGCUAGAUUCAAUUUGCCAGUAUUAUGUUGAGUAUUUUUGCCCCUAUAUCCAUAAGGGAUAUUGGUCUGCAGUUUUCAUUCUUGCAAUUUCUUUGUCUGGUGUAGAUAUCAGGGUAAUAAAGACCUCAUAGAAUUAACUGGGAUCUCUUUCCUCAUAUUUUUUGUAAGUUUGUGUGGAUUGGAGCUGUAUUAAUUCCUCUCUAAACAUAUAGAAGGUAUCAUCAGUAAAGCCAUCUGGGUUUAAGCUUCUCUUUGUGGGAAAUAUUUUGAAUACUAAUUCGAUUUAUUUAUAUUUUAAAGUCCCAUUCAGAUGUUAUAUUUCCUUUUGAGUAGCCUGUAAAAAUUGUUUCAUAUAAAUAAAAGCACAUACUUUACUGUCAGCUAAACUACACGACAGGAAAUGUUAAAGGGUUACUACAAGCUGAAAGAAAAUGACAGAAAAGGUUUAAUGGGGCUUUAUGAAGAAAUAAAAUAAUAAAUAAAAUUUAAAUUUAAAAAGUGAAUAUUACUUUCUCUGUUUUAAACAUAGAAUGAGCUUUAUGCCCCUACAUAUUUCUUAUACUAUUUUCAAUUACUUCAAAAACAAAAUACAGCUGACUCUUGAACAACACAGGUAGGAACUAUGCAGAUCUCUUUGUAUGUGGAUUUUUUUCUUUUUUCACUCCUGCCACAUCUGAGAUAGCAAAACAAGCCUCUCCUCUUUGUUUUUCUCCUCAGACUGCUCAACAUGAAGAUGAGGAUAAAGACCUUUAUAAUAACCCACUUCCACUUAAUAAAUAGAAAAUAUAUGUCUUUCUAUAAUUAUCUUAAUAACAUUCCUUCUCUAGCUUACUUUAUAAAUAAUAAAGUAUAUAAUAUAUAGCUUACAAAAUGUGUGUUAAUUUUCUGUUUACAUUACUGGUAAGGCUUCUGGUCAAAAGCAGGUUAUUAUAAUAGAUGUUAAGUUUUAGGGUAGUAAAAGUUUUACACACAUAUUGAACUGCAGGAGAAAUUGGUGACACUAACCAAUGCAUUAUUCAACAGUAAACUGUGAGUACAUGAAAAAAAAUUAGAUUAUUCAACUAAAGAAAUUGAGUUUCCAUUAAAAUAACAAUGCACUAAGAAACUAUCCAUAAUGUACAUCCCUCUGUUCAUAAGUAUACAUGAAAUUGUAUGAGUUAAUGUAUGAUUUAAUUCCAACACUAUAAAUAAAAAAUAAGGAGCAACAUGUUUCAAAUAGCAUUGAAAUGUCAAAAUGUCUUUGAGUCAUUGAAGUAUAGAUAACAUUAUUUCUUCU